GUGAUAUCACGAAUGAAGAUUAUGAAUCAAUGGCUAAUGAAUGUAGUUCUUUCAACAGUACAAAGCAGUUAUUAUGCUGCGCACAAUUUUCAAAAAUAUCGCGAUCAGCCGUACGAGACAGCGUUUAUCCCGAUGAUUGGUGUGUGCGAAUGCCUUGUCGGAUGCAUGCCCAUCGUACCAAUCCAAUACAGCAGUCGCUUUCCAUUAAAGCGUGGGAUGGAAAGGCAAGGAGAGUAUGCGAUUUUAGACCUUCCAAUUACACUGGAAUAUUAAGCAAAACAAUACAUUGUUGCGCAUUACUAAAGAGUGGGAAGGCCGGCCUAAAUAUAAAGGCUGCCCCUUUUAAGAGCAACUCCUCUGAUACACUCGUACACGACAGGGCUGGUACUCGGAUGCGGGGUCACCGGCUCUCUAGUACUGAGUAUCACACACGCUGACUAGAGCUCGCCCUAUACACAAGUUUGAUAUUCCGUCCCGGUUCC